UUCCACAAUUUUUUCUUUGAGAAAGCGGUUGUGUAUUGAAGAAGAUGCCGACGUACUUAAAUUUUCUGGGACUGAUACUAAUGGUCUCUCAAUUUUAUUGGGGUGCAUUAGGCCAUAAAAUGUCCUCAUGUGAUGGCCAUUGUUUCGCUAUGAUUAGGCCGACCUUGACUCAUAUAAAGAAUAAUCAGCAAAGGUGGAAGGACUGCUUUUCUGCACAUCAGGACAUUCAAAAUCGAAGCGAAAAUCUAGCCAGGUAUCUAGUUGAAAAUGACGAAACCAACCCUAGGUUGGAAGCGAUGAAGCUCAAUAGAAGGUGUGGGGUACAUACCGAAAGGCAAAAGGAUGAGAUACGUGAGAAAUUUAUUCAGCUUGGUUCCAAAUAUUACUUUGUAGAGAGGAAUCAUAGAGCUAAUUGGUUCGGAGCGUUGCAAUUUUGUCGCCAAAUGGGCGCCCAUCUGGCUAGUCCCCAAAACCUAAAGGAACUUGUUGCAAUACGGAAAUUGUUGGAGAAGUAUCGAGAUCACUGGUUAGAUAUUAAUGACUUGGCGCAAACGGAUCAAUACGUAUCGGAUACUACCGGCAAACGAGCUACGUUUUUGCUUUGGAGUCCCAACGAACCGAACAAACGUCAUAAGGAUGAGCUUUGUGUCUCCUUGCGUAUGAAGGAAUAUGAUCAAAAUAUGGAGGUGUCAAAUUGUAAUCGUAGAUAUCAGCACUUUAUUUGUGAAACUCAACUGAAUUAGUCAUAAAAUAAAGAAGCUGUCGAUUCGCGCUUUCCAGAAGGAA